UUACCUUACCACCUAAACAAAUGUUUCCGUUUUACUCAUUUUCCCAAGCUUCAAUUAAACUCAUUAAUUUUUCUAUUUUUAAUUAAUUUUUAUAAUUUUCAAAGAAAGAAUUGCCCAAAUCAAUCAAUGCCUUCUUUGUCCCUCUUCUUCCAUCUCUAAUAUUAAUCUCUCGCCUGCCCCUUUUUUAUAUUUCCACCAUCGUUACUCUCCUUUCUCUCACUCUCCCUCGCUUUCUUUCCUCCCAAACAGCCAAACUUGGACUCCCUCUCUUUCUUUUAUCCUUUUUAACGUUAGCAGAAUUUCAAGCAGAAGUCCGAAAAUUCCUCUCGUUCGUCACCGACAUCGCUCCUUUUAUUUCUCUCACGGACCAAUCAAAUCGAUCCACGUCAGCGGGAAGCAAUGAGAUCCUCCUCCUCCACCGCCGCCGCCGCCACCAUUUCAACUACCAACAAAGGCGUAAACCCCGUUAUAGCAUUCGAACACAAGAGGGAUGCAUAUGGAUUUGCGGUGAGACCUCAGCAUGUGCAAAGGUACAGAGAAUAUGCUAAUAUCUACAAGGAAGAAGAGGAGGAAAGAUCAGAUAGGUGGAAUGAUUUCUUGGAACGUCAAGCCGAGUCUGCUCAAUUGCCAGUCAAUGGGAGACCUUCAGAGGAAGGCAAGGAGACCUCACAUGCUGCUGAGGAUGGGGACAGUGAAGUAAAGAAGGGCACUGAAAAAGAUGAUUUAUGUGAAAGGAAGUCUGGUUCUGAUAAUCUGUCUGAGAAUGAUACAGAAAAGGAGAAGGUUCAGUCUGCACCAGAGAAAAAAGUUCAUCGGAUCCAAAUAUGGACUGAAAUUAGACCGUCGCUUCAGGCCAUUGAAGAUAUGAUGAGUGUUCGUGUAAAGAAGAAAUGCAUUCUAUCAAAAGAUGAGCAAAAAACCAGUCAAGGAAAGCCGUUAACUCCUACUGAAGAUGCUAGAUCCCCAAAGGGAGCAUCAGAGGAGGAUUCUGAUGAUGAAUUUUAUGAUGCAGAGAGAUCUGACCCAGUUCAGGAUUCCCCUACAAGUGGCAGCGGAAGUACCAGAACGGGUGGUGGUGCUGAUGAUGCAGCUCCUACAGAAUCUUUAUUUCCCUGGAAGGAAGAGUUGGAAGUUCUUGUUCGUGGUGGAGUACCAAUGGCUCUUAGGGGAGAGCUUUGGCAAGCCUUUGUUGGUGUGAGGGCUCGCAGAGUGGAGAACUAUUACCAGGAUCUACUAGCUAAUGAAACUAACUGUGGCAACAACACUGAACAACAGAGGUUGCAAUCAGACAGUAAGGGUUCAACUACUGAGUCCAUAGGUGGGCCUGAGAAGUGGAAGGGGCAGAUUGAGAAGGAUUUGCCUCGAACAUUCCCAGGUCACCCUGCCCUUGACGAUGAUGGUAGGAAUGCUUUGAGACGGUUGCUUACAGCUUAUGCUCGACAUAAUCCCUCAGUUGGCUACUGUCAGGCCAUGAAUUUCUUUGCUGCCUUGUUACUAUUACUGAUGCCCGAAGAGAAUGCCUUCUGGACUUUGAUGGGCAUUAUUGAUGACUAUUUUGAUGGCUAUUACUCAGAGGAAAUGAUUGAGUCUCAGGUUGACCAACUUGUUUUUGAGGAGUUGGUGCGCGAGAGAUUUCCCAAACUGGUCAAUCAUCUUGAUUAUCUGGGAGUGCAGGUGGCAUGGGUUACUGGACCGUGGUUCCUUUCCAUUUUUAUGAAUAUGCUUCCAUGGGAAAGUGUGCUUCGAGUCUGGGAUGUGCUCCUCUAUGAAGGAAAUCGUGUCAUGCUUUUUAGGACAGCACUUGCUUUAAUGGAGUUAUAUGGCCCUGCACUGGUUACAACUAAGGAUGCAGGAGAUGCUGUUACCUUGUUACAGUCAUUGGCUGGCUCAACAUUCGACAGCAGCCAACUUGUAUUGACAGCUUGUAUGGGUUAUCAAAAUGUAAAUGAGAAAAGAUUACAUGAUUUAAGAGAGAAGCAUCGAUCAGCAGUAAUAGCUGCAGUUGAGGAAAGAUCAAAGGGGCUUCAAGCUUGGAGGGAUUCUCAGGGCCUAGCAUCUAAGCUAUAUAAUUUUAAGCAGGAUCCUAAGUCCAUGAUUAUGGAAACAAAUAAGACAAAAGCAAAUGGGGAUCUCUCUCAUUCUGAGUCUGGUUCCACAAACUCUGACGAAGUUCUUAUUAGUCUGACUGGAGAUGCUGACACAGGGGCUGUUCCAGAUCUUCAAGAGCAGGUUGUGUGGUUAAAAGUUGAGUUGUGCAGGUUGCUAGAAGAGAAAAGAUCAGCUGUCCUCAGAUCUGAGGAGCUGGAAACGGCUUUGAUGGAGAUGGUAAAGCAGGAUAAUCGGCGCCAAUUAAGUGCUAGGGUGGAGCAAUUAGAGCAAGAGGUUGCUGAGCUUCGUAUGGCACUUUCUGAGAAGCAGGAACAAGAAAACGCAAUGCUUCAGGUCCUAAUGCGGGUAGAGCAAGAUCAAAGGGUGACAGAAGAUGCUCGCAGAUUUGCUGAACAAGAUGCAGCUGCACAAAGAUAUGCUGUUCAAGUGCUUCAGGAAAAGUAUGAAGAGGCCACUGCUUCACUUGCUGAAAUGGAGAAAAGAGUGGUAAUGGCAGAAUCAAUGUUAGAGGCUACCUUACAGUACCAGUCUGGACAAAGUAAAGUCCAACCUUCUCCACGAUCAUCACACCCUGAUUCAUCAGCGCGCAGCAAUCAAGAGCCUCAACAAGAAAUCCCUGCACGGAAAAUUAGCAUACUUUCUCGACCAUUUGGACUCGGCUGGCGUGAUAGAAACAAGGGAAAGCCCGGUAAUGUUGAUGGCCCAAAUGAUGCGAAGCCAUCUAACGAGGGUCAGAAUACCGAAAUCCCGCAGAAAGACACAAAUGACAAGGAAACAAACGGCAAGGACACAAAUGAGAAGGAACUGAACGGCAGGGACACAGAUGACAAGGGAACAAACGACAUUGAAGAACAACAUAAGGAGUGAGAGAAUUGCCGGUUUGUCAUGUUAAUACUCAGCAUUCAUAUCCAUCUUUUGCUGCCUUCAAUUCUUCUAUUCAUUGGCCUCAGUAGAUAUUUUAUUAGCAUUGGGGUAAUUCAGGAGACCAGUAGUUUGCAUCUUUAUAAUUUUUUACUAGAAACCAAGGUGAUAUCCAUAAUCAUCAAUUGUUUGCUCCAUUAUUAGAUGGUAAUUACUAAUAAUACUUUGUAGAAGUAAAGAGAAUGUAAGAACAAGUGUAAUCAUCCUUUAAGGAGUGAUUUCCUGCAAAUCCGGGUCUCGAGUUUCGGGCCUUUGUAUCGAAAAAGGAAAAGAAACGAGAGAUACAAAGGGAAUCAACUAUAAAGUAUAUGGUGAAGUUUUGUAAUGGUUGUUUUUGAUAGAUAUUUCAAAUCCUAGUUCAUAGUAUGUUGUAUGUUUCUGUACAGUUUUCUCUCUAACAGCUCACUUGAUAAAAGCCGUAUUCAAUAUUUGGGUUAAUGUUACAUUUGGCUCCUAAAUAUAUCAAUUAAGUUCAUUUUGGCAUUUAAA